AUGGCGUCUUUUGCCGACCUGCCGGACUCUGUUAUGUUGGAGAUUUUCUCUUACCUCCUGGUUCGGGAACGGAUCCGCAUCUCCAGGGUGUGUCAUCGUUGGAAGAGGCUGGUGGACGACCAGUGGCUGUGGCGACACGUCGACUUGACGAUCUACACGAUGCGGCCUAAAGUCAUGUGGCACCUCCUCCGCCGAUACAUGGCGUCUCGGCUGCAUUCCCUGCGGAUGGGUGGUUACCUGCUCUCUGGCUCCCAGGCCCCGAGGCUGUCCCCCUCCCUGAUGAGGGCCCUGGGUGACAAGUGCCCCAACCUGAAGCGCCUGUGCCUGCAUGUGGCCGACCUGACCAUGGUCCCUAUCACCAGCCUGCCCUGCACCCUGCGGACCCUGGAGCUGCACAGCUGUGAGAUCUCCAUGGCCUGGCUCCUCAAGGAGCAGGACCCUACCGUGCUGCCCCUUCUCGAGUGCAUCGUGCUGGACCGCGUCCCUGCCUUCCGCGACGAGCACCUGCAGGGCCUGACGCGCUUCAGAGCUCUGCGCUCCUUGGUGCUUGGUGGCACCUACCGCGUGACCGAGACCGGUCUGGAUGUGGCCCUGCAAGAGAUGAGCUACUUGCAGAGGCUGGAGGUGCUAGGUUGUACCCUCUCGGCCGACAGCACCCUCCUGGCCAUCAGCCGCCACCUCCGAGAUAUCCGGAAGAUCCGGCUCACUGUGAGGGGUCUCUCUGCCCCCGGCCUGGAGGUUCUGGAAGGAAUGCCCACCCUGGAGAGCCUGUGCCUGCUGGGCCCGCUCGUCACCCCGGAAAUGCCGUCCCCAGAGGAAAUCCUCUCUUCCUGUCUCACCAUGCCCAAGCUCAGGGUCCUAGAGUUGCAGGGGCUGGGCUGGGAGGGUCAGGAGGCCGAGCGGAUCCUCUGUAAGGGGCUGCCCCACUGUAUGGUCAUCGUCAGGGCCUGCCCCAAAGAGUCCAUGGACUGGUGGAUGUGA